UGCAUGUGCGUGAGUGUGUUUUUGUAGUGUCUGUAACUCUCUAGUCCGCCACUACCAGUGGGAAGUCGAAGGUUCUGAAAGAGCUGCAAAUGCAAAUGGAGGCGGCGCCAUUUUCUUCGUCUUAUUCAUCAAAACUUACAAAUCUACCCUCUUCCUCCUCCUCCUCAUCACCAUCAUAUUCUCUCAUUUCACUUCCUAAUAAUCUCUACAAAAAUCGAUCAAAGUUCAAACCUCCACGAAACCUCUCAGUUCGCGCCUCUUCUACUUCUGAUUCUGUAGUGACUUUGCUUGAUUAUGGAGCUGGAAAUGUGCGUAGCGUUAGAAAUGCAAUUCGGUAUCUCGGCUUCCAAAUCAAAGACGUGCAAAGUCCAGCAGAUAUCUUAAAUGCAAAACGUCUUAUCUUUCCUGGUGUCGGGGCUUUUGCUCCCGCUAUUGAUUUUCUUAACAACACUGGAAUGGCUGAAGCAUUGUCUACUUAUAUUGAGAAGGACCGUCCUUUUUUAGGGAUUUGUCUUGGACUUCAGCUUCUUUUUGAGUCCAGUGACGAGAAUGGUCCUGUGAAGGGUCUUGGCUUGAUUCCUGGUGUGGUGGGGCGUUUUGACUCAUCAAAUGGUUUCAGAGUACCGCAUAUUGGCUGGAAUGCUUUGCAAAUUGCUAAUGACUCUGAAAUUUUGGAUGAUAUUGGAAACCACCAUGUCUAUUUUGUCCACUCUUAUCGGGCUAUGCCGUCUCAUGAAAAUAAAGAUUGGAUUUCCUCUACCUGCAAUUAUGGUGACAACUUCAUUGCAUCGGUUAGAAGAGGAAAUGUCCAUGCUGUUCAAUUCCAUCCAGAGAAGAGUGGAGAUGUUGGUCUUACUGUACUGAGAAGAUUUUUGCUCCCAAUGUCAUCUUUAACAAAGAAGCCUACUGAAGGGAAGGCAUCAAAACUUGCAAAGAGGGUAAUUGCUUGUCUUGAUGUGAGGACAAAUGAUAAAGGAGAUCUUGUUGUAACCAAAGGAGACCAGUAUGAUGUAAGAGAACAUACAAAAGAAAAUGAGGUCAGAAACCUUGGCAAGCCAGUGGAGCUUGCGGGGCAAUAUUACAAAGAUGGGGCUGAUGAGGUUAGUUUUCUGAAUAUUACUGCUUUCCGAGACUUCCCUUUAGGCGAUUUGCCAAUGCUACAGGUUUUGAGGUGCACUUCAGAAAAUGUAUUUGUACCAUUGACUGUUGGAGGUGGAAUUAGGGAUUUUACGGAUGCAAAUGGCAGGUACUAUUCUAGUUUGGAAGUUGCUUCUGAAUAUUUUAGAUCUGGGGCAGAUAAAAUAUCUAUUGGAAGUGAUGCGGUCUAUGCUGCAGAAGAAUAUAUAAGAACUAAGGUAAAGACUGGAAAGAGCAGCAUAGAACAAAUAUCUAGAGUUUAUGGAAACCAGGCGGUUGUUGUAAGUAUUGAUCCUCGCAGAGUUUAUCUUAAAAGUCCUAGUGAUGUGGAGUUCAAGGCAGUAAGGGUAACUAAACCAGGUCCAAAUGGUGAAGAAUAUGCCUGGUAUCAGUGUACGGUUAGUGGUGGACGUGAAGGUCGACCAAUUGGAGCUUACGAACUUGCAAAAGCAGUUGAAGAGCUGGGAGCUGGAGAGAUUUUGCUGAACUGCAUUGAUUGUGAUGGUCAAGGGAAAGGAUUUGAUAUAGAUUUAAUACAGUUGAUCUCUGAUGCUGUGAGCAUCCCUGUGAUUGCAAGUAGUGGUGCAGGUGCUGCUGAACACUUUACGGAGGUAUUCAACAAAACAAAUGCAUCUGCCGCUCUUGCUGCUGGCAUUUUCCACAGGAAGGAGGUGCCCAUUCAAUCGGUAAAGGAGCAUUUGUUGAAAGAAGGCAUAGAAGUCAGGAUCUAAAUGGAUUUUUGCUGCGGAAAUAUCAGAUAUGUUGCCACUGGAGUCAUUAUUAGGCACUGAUAUACUUAAAUCCUAGCUCUAAUCCAUCUUUUUAAUUAAAAUUUUGUUGUGCCAUUGAAUUAUUUACAUAUUUUUCUGUUUUUUUUUUUCCUUGACGUGCUUUUGUAUAAUAUUCUAUCUGUAAAAUUGUUAUAUUGAUUAAUUUCAGGCAUCAUCGUAUC